AUGUCGUACCCGAUUCUUCAAGCAAACCUACCUCCGGCGACGCCGCAGAAACCCCUACCGGGAGCUUACCUGCAAACGCCAGCCGUACCUCGCAAUGGUCCCAUGUCUCCUCCACAGCAGCAGCAGCGGCCUCAAGUUCUUCGAAGCCCGCCCCAGAUGCUUCCUAAGCUCCCACCGAUCGCCGCGACACAAAGUCGGAACCUGAGCACAGAAGAGCGAGGAGCGCGCACCAUCAAUGAGUAUCUCUUCCAAGAGUCGCGAUACCCAGAUUUGGAUAGCUAUUUAUCACAGGGAUUCUCAUCUGAAUAUGACAUCCCCACGUCCCCGUCGUGGGCACCUUUCCAAAAAGUCAAAAUGUACAACAUCCCCGACCAAAUUUUUGACCAAUACAAUCGCGCUCAGGUGUCGACAAGCAUGGGACUUUUCGCCGAAUUGAAUCACGCGUGGGUUGCUAUCGACAACGCGCUCUAUUUGUGGGAUUUUACACACCCGAAUCCUCAAUUGGUUGGGUUUGAGGAACAGCCAAACAGCAUCAAUACCGUCAAACUCGUCAAGCCUCGCGCAGGAGUAUUUUUGCCGGCGAUUACUCAUUUGCUCGUUGUGUCAACGACAGCCGAAUUGAUUUUGUUGGGCAUGGGAGUGGAAACCACCCCGACGGGCGGGCGACAGGUUACCUUAUAUCAGACUGGGAUGGCAGUUCCAAUUCGAGGCCUUGAUAUUCACGUCAUUGCGUCAUUUGACUCGACUGGCCGGAUCUUUUUCGGUGGUUCGUCCGAUAACGAUGUUUACGAAUUGACAUACCAACAAGAAGAGCGGUGGUUCCAGGGUCGAUGCGGAAAGGUCAACCACACUAGCUCCCGAUUAGCAGCAUUCACACCAUCGCUGAGCUUGACGAAUCUCGCGAAGGUAGCUAUGGAGAAUGUGGAACAGAUGGUGAUCGAUGACAGCCGCAACCUUCUCUACACUUUGUCUUCGGCCUCCACCAUUCGUGUUUUCCACCUGAAGCCCGAUGGCUCUCUUUCACUCGCCAUCACCAAGCAUGCUUUGGACAUUUAUUCAAACAUCGGACAUAUCAUUGCAUCUAACGAAACUCUCAACCCUAAAGUGCCAAUUGUCUCUAUCAGUCCCGUCCCUGCCGCGGAGGCCUCUCGCUAUCACCUUGUUGCAACGACCGCUACUGGAUACCGUAUCUAUUUGAGUGCCACAGGUUCGUAUAGCUGGUCGCCCGUGCCGAAUGGCACCAAUGCGCCUACCAGCAUGCAAGCUCAGCACGUCAAGACCCCACCUGUGGACGCUCCUUCCGAUUUUGAGCUUCCUCGCUUCCAGCAACCUGGUGGCAAGCUUGCGAUUCACACUUUAUCGCCGACACGCAUGGCAGCUCGUUUCCCGCCUGGAUACUUCUUCUGCUUCGCCUCCAAGGAUCUCGCGCAGAAGGCCGAUACUUUGUUCAUCUCGUCCCCGGAUUCUGGGCGAGUUGCCAGGGCCCAGGAUAAUGUUCUGACUGGAAAGACAGGCGAGUCCGCCAUUUGGAUGAGCCUAGGCGGCCGAGCAGAGGCCAUUGGUCUUUGCUCCCCGCCUCCGCCAAGUUCUUCGGGCUUUGGAAAUGAGCUGGCUAUCCAGUUCGAUCACCCUGCUGCCGAAAUUGCUAUCCUGACAAACACAGGAAUCCAUGUUAUCCGUCGGCGACGCCUUGUGGACAUCUUCGCCUCAUUGGUUCGUGGUGGUGGCACCGGGGAGGAAGGCUUGGAUGGUGAGGCUAAAAACUUCAUCCGCACAUAUGGCCGACCCGAGGCUCUGGCUACUGCACUUGCCGUGGCUUGUGGACAAGGCGUGGAGAUUUCAUCGGAUCAGCGACUCACUCAGAUCAAUGAUCCCGACGUCCUGGAGUUCGCGCGUAAAGUUUUCAUUGACUACGGUGGCCGCCCCGCGAUAAAUGAAAACAUCGUCGCUGAUAGCUCUACCCCGACGAUUGACCUUGUUGAACCUUCCCCCCGACAUGCUGGUAUCUCGUUGUACCUGUCUCGCUUGUUGCGGUCAAUCUGGAAGAAGGAGAUCGCUCAGGUUGGCAAGGGAGCCAAUGGUGCUAUGACUGUCUCUGCUUCAGUGUCUGCUUCCAAACUGCAGACUAUCCAGCAUGAUCUCUCGGCCCUUCAGCAAUUCUUCAAGACCAACAGAAGCUUCAUUGAAGGGCUCAGUGGACCCGAGGCUCUCGCACGAGCGGCCACCAAGCAAGAAGAAACCGCACUGCAAGGCGAGCACCGUGCCUUACAUUCCCUUGUUGAGUUGGUCUCGCAUACCAUUGAAGGAAUUUCGUUUGUGCAGGUUCUUUUCGAUGAGCGGGUGGACGAGAUCGUGGCUACCCUGCCCGAGGAGUCCCAGCAGAAGUUCUUGAAGCUGACAUACGAGGAGCUCUUCAGUACUGCCAAAGGCAACGAAGUUGCCAAGGAGUUGGUCAAGAGCAUUGUGAACCGCAACAUUGCCAAGGGCUCCAAUGUUGAGACCGUUGCUGAUGCCCUGCGACGCCGUUGUGGCAGCUUCUGCAGUGCAGAGGAUGUGGUCAUCUUCAAGGCUCAGGAGCUCCUCAAGCGGGCCACUGAGGCCGGAGCCAACUCAGAGCUGGGCCGCAACCUCUUGAAUGAGAGUUUGAAUCUGUUCCGGCAGGUGGCUGAUAACCUUCCCAUGGACUAUUUAGUUUCUGCGGUGGAGAACUAUAUUGGAAAUCAAUUCUUUGCUGGGGCAAUUCAACUGGCGCUUACCGUUGCGGCUCGCAACGACAAAGCGAAUAUCGCGCUCUCCUGGAUCAUGGAUGGGCGCCCCGAACAAGUAACGAUUUCCCCCAGACAUCACACCAUGCACCGACUUACCGACCUACAGGACCCACGGAAACCCAUCUACUUAUUCCGCAAGCAAUGUUAUGACCUUGUCUUUAAUGUUAUCAUUGCGGUUGAUACUUUGGCCGCAGCCGACCCCGGGUUUGUUGAUGGUCAAAUGACCCAGAUCGCCAAGCGCCAGAACGAGGCAUACACCGUUAUAUCCGACUCCAAUGAUGAGGUGUUCUUGACCAGCCUUUACGAUUGGUACCUGGAGCAGGGAUGGAGUGAUCGUCUUCUGCAGACACAAUCUCCAUUCGUGGUCACAUACCUCGAGAGAAAGUCUACUGACGACAUCGCUCAUGCCGAUCUAUUGUGGCGUUACUAUGCACAGUCCCAGCGCUUUUUCGAGGCUGCCAAGGUGCAGUUCCAGCUCGCACAGAGUGCAUUUACCCUUCCCCUGAGCCGGCGUAUCGAGUACCUGGGCCGAGCCCGGGCCAACGCAUCCACUUUCACACCGGAUGUGGGGCGUCAGGCACGGCAGCGCUUGUUGCAGGAAAUUUCUAAUCUGAUCGAUGUGGCGAACAUCCAGGACGACCUCCUGCAGCGCCUGAAGGAUGAUGAUCGGAUCGCUCCGGAGCGCAAGGCCGAAGUCCUUCGGGAUGUUGAUGGUCCCGUCAUGGACAUUAGUACACUCUUCAACCAAUAUGCCGACUCGGCCAGUUAUUAUGACAUCUGUUUGCAGAUCUUCUUCCUGGCCGAUUACCGGAACGCAGCCGACAUUAAGACCACUUGGCACCACCUAGUUCACGAUCUUCACGCCGUCACUGUGGAGCGGGGCUCCCCACAACCCUAUGAAGCUGUUGUUGAGAAGGUUCGGAGUCUUGGCAGUCGGCUCCGGAUGUCGGAGACGGUAUUCCCUGUGCGUGAACUAGUUCCCUUACUCGAACGCUAUUCGCUCGAGCACCAGCGCAAUGUUGGCCCUGAUCAUUGGAUUGUCGAUCUCUUCCUGGAUCUGGGAGUUGCACACGAAUCCAUUUAUGCAGUUCUGGAGGCCAUGUACUACACCGACGAGGCUCCGUUCCAGGGGCCUUACCGUCGUUUCAUCGCCACCGAUCUGCUCUACCUAUUGGAAGGAUGGUUCCAGGAGACCAUGCGACUAGGUGGGAUGGUGUUCGGGUCGGAUGUGGUUGCCGAACGCGUUUCCGAGACCCUCUUGUUGCUGCAGCAGGGAGCUGCAGUCAAUGGAGCUGACAUUGAGGGGCAAAGCCGGGACCUUCAGCGGAGGAUUUUGGACAUCCUGAACUAA